AUGAUGGAUGAUAAACCGUACAAACCUUUCCACACCCACCCAUUCACGAUGCAGCAAAACAGUUUCUGGAACAAAGUCAAGAAAAACGCCUCGAAUAUCAACAUCAGCAACCUCUCGAUCGGGAACGACAGCGAUGGUAAAGCAGAAUACGAGCUGUUGGUCCAUAAAUCGUUGGUCAACUUUUAUCAAGAACACGCUGGAGGCCAGUGUCCGGACUGGUUGGUGGAAAACGAUCCUAAUUUCAACCAGAACGUAAAUAACUUCCAGCACACUAACCUACCUUCUAACAACAAGUUCUACCCCGUGAGCAACAACCGUCCUGGUGAUGGUCGGGCCCAAAACUCCAACGGAUCGUAUCAGCCAAACUCAUAUUCCAACAGACCUGGGGGCAAUAAUGAUGGUUAUAAUAAUAGUAAUAACAAUAGUGGUGGUAGCAUUGGCUCUAGAAUGGGUCAAUCAGUGAAAACUCAAACCCCUGCUAGUGCGUCGUUCAGGGAUAUGUACAAAUCAAGCAGAACUUCCAAUGGAUCACCACAGAGCUCAAACCAACCGGUUUCUGUCAAUAGAGCGAAUUCUAGUAUUGGAGACAGACUUCGUCAAAGAGGUACCACUUCUUCUGCCACGGCAAAUAGAUUGCAAUCCAAUUGGAGUAGAAGGUAA